AUGAACAAACACUCGGCUAAAACCUUUAUCUGUCUCAAGCUUGUCUUGCAGUUCUUGCGCGACAUCAUGGACCUCGCGAAGGCUGCGCUCAGGCGCCAUGACAAUGUCCACCUCAACGAAAAAUUCCUCCCCCCAGUGAAAAUGUUUUCCUGCACAACGCUGGGCGAGGCUCCUAAGUACAAGCUUGUGAAGGCUUACAACACCACGGGCCUGUCUGGCUAUAACACAACAGCAACCUUGUAUGACACAGCAUCGGACACCUACUGCCAUGGCCUUGGAUUGAAAGGCGAUCUCACUCCGGAGGACAUCCAAACUGCAGUAAUCCCGGGUACAAGCGCCUAUCACAAUCUCUACCGUCAGAAUCCGUCAGCUGAACAGACAAAGCGUUUGGGUGUUGGUGCCUGGCUGGCGGAUAUCUUGACUUCUUUGUCCGAUCGCAGCACUAAACUGGAAGUCUAUUCAGCACAUGAUGCCAGUUUGGACAUGUUCCUGUCCGUUGUAGCGGAUCCGGAUCUGCCCUGGCCACCGUUCGGCUCGAAUGUCAUAAUCGAGCUGUGGCAAAAGGCCAACCGUCAGCAGGUGGUAAGAAUGUUUUAUGAGGGAAUGGUUGUGCCGGCGCAUCCUGACUUGGCUUGCGAAUUCUCAGCGUGUCCGCUGGAUACACUGACAAAGUUUGUCAAGAAAUACAUCCCCACUGACUUCAAGACUGAAUGUGCUGCCUAG